AUGGCCGCGCUGCCGCUGCUCGCGCGGGGCCGGCGGGGGCCGCUGCGCGCGCGCGACGCGGAGCCGGGGGAGCCGGAGCGCAAGCGAGUGUGCAAGCCCUCAGAAGCUGUUCCACACCAGGCUGAUGCCUGCCUCCUUGAUUGUGCCAUGGAGCUGGAUCCCAAACAGAAAAUCCCCACUGACUGUGGUCCUUGGGCUACAAAAACAAAGAGUUCCAUGAUUUCUGAAAACCAUGGAAGCAGAGGCACUGCCCAGCCUUGCCCAAGAUGUAUUGCUGGAGAAUCUGGGCACUUCAGUCAUAUCCUGGGCUUCUAGAAAUGGAGAGAGGGCAGACCAGCAGCACUGCUUUUCUGUUUAACCUCAGAAGGUGCACCUGUGAGCCCUGUACAGCGGGAUCCCUGUACGCUCCCUCGCAGGCUGGAUUGGAGUGUGGUGUGCAGCACAGAGCAGUUUGCUGUAUGUGUUACUUUCUUUGCACAGUAUCUUUGUUUUUACACUUGAAAGGAAAAAUGCUUCUGCUUUUAAGGUAGCUCAGUAUGUACUUUUUUAAAAAGAGAAAGGCUGAUUUAUAAUGUUAUAGACCUGUAAAGCUGAAGGGGCUAUGGGCCUAGUCUUCAGCAGAGUGUGUGAAUGCAGUAGGUAGGUAUCUCAUAGAAAAAGGAGUGUUACUUGAACAACCUUCAGUAAAGCAAAGAUUCAGCUCUGUGGAGUCCUCACAAAGUUGUUAAGACACUGUCUGAAACUCUCUGGCUCUGUCUUUCCAGUUGCUGUGAUAUUAGAACAAGUCUGUUUAAAACAUCUUGAGCUUACAGCCAACAUCAUUUCAUUGACUUGUCACAAAUUAUGCUGCCAAUAUUUAGGACUAUAUGAUUUCUUUUAACACAUUCAGAUUUUUAGACCCUAAGAGAGCCAAGUUGUGCUGUUUGGGUGUGACACUUCAGUGCCUGCUCUCACUCAGGCAGAAGAGUCCAGAAAGCUCAGAAGAGAAUGGCAUUGUGGUAACCCUCUGCAUUGGAGGGAAAUUGCUGUGACCUACCAAUGCUCAGAAAACAAGCAACCUCCACUGGAGAACUGCUGAGCUGUAGCUGUGCACUGCAGCCACUCAGCUUUUGGGCAGAGUUCAACCCACAACAGGUAGUGGCAGGUGUGGCAGCACUCAGCCUGUUGUGAGAGCAGCCAGUAGCCAGUUUCAAUUAAAAUCCUGGCUCCGAGGCUGCAAAAAUCUAGUGACAGGCUUUUGGAAGUUGGUUUCCCAGUAGGACUUACCAGACUGCAAAAGCCUUAGACAAAGGUUUUCCCCAGCCCUAGAAUGGUUCCCAUAUUGGGUCAGCCACUGAGUUGCUAGCUGAGAUAUCCUUCCUAAAUACAUGACCAUCAUAUAAAUACUCCAUUAAUUUCAUUGGUAUUGUCAGUAUUUAAGAAGUAGUUCCUGUGUGACCAGAAUUCCAGGGUGUGAGGAUACCCACACUUCAUUUGCACAGUCCAAGGGUGCUCUUCCUAGCACUUGUGAAAAAGCAGCAGCUCCCCCUUUGCUGUUUUUCUUGAGUUGGCUUACAGUAUUAAAAAAAAUACAUGAAGAAACCUUUGGGGGGCUGCAGUUCACGGCAGGAGGCAGAAUGCACUGCACCUUCUUGUUAGCCCUCUGCAUCCUUCCUUGCUGCACAAGUCCUAACAAAACCUCACACGGAGCUGUACUUACAUUUCUGGGAAUGCUGCUGCCAAGAAAGGGCAUUCUGGGUGGAUGGACAUUUCAGUUACAGUCUGGGGAAGGUGCCCCAAAGUGAGGUAGCUGCCCAGAAAUGUGCUUAGCCAUUUAGAAACAUCAUCAGUUCUCUUGACUCUUUCACAGAUAAGAAUGCACACACCUCUGGAUAAAGCUGCAAAUGACUCUUUUGCCUGUGCUGUGGUUCCUUACAGCAUGCUUUCUGAUGGGCUGAGGCAGGCCUUUAUAAAUCAGCCAGGAUGAAAACAAAUUGCAGUGUAAUGGGUUAAUAUACUGAGGGUUUAUAAUCGUGGCAGUGGGGUUAAGUCUACCUACAGUGUUUGUAGUUAGUUGAGGAUCUGCCAGAAUCACAAAGCCUUUGGGAUCAUGCCUGUGAACGCUGUACAGGGUAGGACAGGGGAGUGUUUCUUUAAAGCAGGUUUGUGUCAAAUCUGCAGCAGAACCACAAAGUUAUUUUUGUAAGGCUUUCCUUCACCUUGGAUAACAAUGACAUUUUGCUGUAUUGGUAAAAGUUAGAGACUGUUUCUCCUUCCUGCUGCUGUGUUUUGUACACAGAAUAACCCCCUGCUACUUUAUUUACGUGUAUAUAGUGAAAUAGACAAAUGGCCUGGUUUUAAUUCCGGUGAAGAUGACAUAAUGUAACACUUUUAACUUUGUAUUUUGUAAACUUACUUUCAAAAGCAGAAGCAUUAAACACGGCUUUGGCUGCAGUACCAAACAGACUAGAGUUCUGUUAUUCCCUUGGUAACUGAGUCGCCUUCUGCAGGCUCUGAGGUGGCAAAGCAAACAAAGCUGUCGGUAGUUUGCAUUGGUUACGGUUCUGUUUCUGCAGCACUCCCCCCUCGUGGGACUGGGCCACGAAUGAGAUGCAGAAUCAGGAUUUGGGAAGAAAGUCAUUCCUCUGCAGGUUUGGUUUAACAGACAGUUACAUGUUAAUGUUUUUCAGCUGAUCCUCCCCACCCGUGUCUCCAGGUUUUGUUUUUCCUCACCUGGUUGCACACAUCUGAGGAUUAGACCCAAGUUCCUGUAGAUCCCCCCGUGGGAGCCUGAACUAGGAGCUGCUCAUUUGGGCAACUUCUUCUCAGUUCAGUCCAGUGUAAAACCUCCAGACUAUGUCUGCGUAGGGGUAGGGGUCUAAACAGGAGCUGCUGAGUGGGCUCCUCACCUGCUGGUGUCCAGGUGAGCUCAGCUGGUUCCCUCAGCCCCAAGGAGAGCCUGUGGCUUGGUGCUGCAAAGGCUUCUGGCUGUGAGGAGCCUUCAUGGGAGCUGCCAGUCUCAAUGGGGCUGGCAAACCACAGACAGACCCCACGGACAGGCCCCGUGCUGCCCUCUGAAGCCCUUACCUUCACCUGCCACUUCCCCAGACGUCUUCAAAGGCCAACGUGAAGCUGGUUUGAUGAGUAAGCACGCUUUAAUUUGCUUGCUUGCCUUUUCCUUCCUGAAGAAAACAUGUUUCAGCCUUGGAAAGGUCCGGACAUGGCCAGGCAGGACAGGCCGAUGCUCCUGGGGAAGGAACAGCAACAGUGAAACCAAGGGGAGAAAGGAUGAGGGCAUCGAUCUUUGCUUACAUUUUUUUUCCCCUUUACCACCUGUUCUCACACACACUGAGGGUGAAGGAACUUUGUCUGUUAGUAGGUGGACAGGAUUUGGGCUGGUAGGCACUGUACAUACAUUUUGUAUAAAGGCAAGCAGCUGAGGCACGAGACGAGACGAGAAUUACUCCCAGUUUGAUGUCUGAAGUAGCAAGAAGCAUGAGAGCAAAUGUGAGGGGGGUGGGAAUGUGACGUUGAUGAAGAUAACAAAUACGUUAUCUAUGUUAUGUAAAAGCUUUGUGCCAGGUUCAGUUGCUGUGAACUAUGGUAUGAGCAUUCACCUACUGCUUCAUUUGAUACUUACACAUCAACUUGUCGUAUCAACUGCCAAAAAAAGAUGGAAUAUUGAGUUUUGGGGGGGUGGUAUGUGGGGUUUAAUGGCAGUCUGUAUUUGACUAGCCACAAAGACAAGACAUUGAUACUUGUACAGCAGGUAUGUUGAAGAUAAUGUCUUUAAAAUGAAUGAUGGCGUGUCUAAAUUAA